AUGGUGGUUUUUGAACGUGUUCAAAAACCACCAGAACGAUCGACAAACACACCGUACGAUGGUUCUCACAAAAAUAACCAUAAAGGAUCAUAUGCAGGUAUUGGAGUUUGUUAUGAAAAUGGAAGUAAACAAAUUACCGAACCUCUACCGGGAGAUUUACAAACAAACAAUCGUGCAGAAUUAUAUGCAGUAAUUCGUGCAUUAGAAACAU